AUGGGCAAAAUCGAUACGUCGCUCAACACAAGACAACGUCAUAAUCCACUACACAGAGAUAUCGCUUCUGUGAAUGGUAACCUUAAAUCUAGCGGUCAUGAGCAGCUGAAGGAUAAUCAACACCACGCCGAUGGCUAUCACGACGCCUCGAUAUCUAGAAAGAUUUUAUCUUUGGCGAAAAGCCAACAAGAGGAGUUAGAUGCUGAGGAGAAUGAUGAUGUGUCGAGUGAAGAAGAAAGCGUUGGUGCAUCUUCAGAGAGAGAUCAGUAUGAAGCUUUUUUGGACGAUGUGGAAGAUCAAGAUCUCGAGCAUGACCUGGAAGUGAGUGAUAUCGAGUUCUCAAAUGAGACAGAUAAGGGCUUAAUUGAUGCUUACUUUGCCCAGACCGAGACCAUCACUUUGGCAGAUAAGAUUAUGGCAAAAAUCCACGAAAGAGAAUUGAAGAAAGAGGCACUCGAAAGCGAAGUACCAGAGAGCCUGGGAGUUCUUCUUCCCCCAAAAGUCAUAGCUGCCUACGAGAAAAUUGGACGCAUUCUCUCGACUUACAAGCAUGGAAAACUCCCGAAACUUUUCAAAGUCUUACCAACCCUAAAGAAUUGGGAAGACGUACUUUUUGUGACAAACCCAACUUCUUGGACCCCACACGCUGUUUGUGAAGCUACCAAACUUUUUGUCUCCAAUCUUCCAUCUAAUCAGGCGCAGAUUUUUGUGGAAACUGUUUUGCUUCCAAAAUUCAGACAUUCAAUUGAAGACAGCGAGACACACACUCUUGAUUAUCAUCUAUAUCGAGCAUUGAAGAAAUCUCUUUACAAACCAGCAGCUUUCUUCAAAGGCUUCCUUUUGCCGCUAGUUGAUGACCAAUGCACACUCCGCGAGGCUAUGAUCGUCGCGUCUGUUUUAUCCAAAGUCUCGAUUCCCGCCUUACAUUCCUCAGUUGCACUCACGCAGUUGACUCAAAGAAAUUACACUCCUGCAAGAACUGUAUUUAUAAGGGUUUUGAUCGAAAAGCGCUAUGCGCUACCAUAUCAAACACUAGACGAUCUUGUGUUUUUCUUCAUGAAAUUUAGAGUUAGUUCUCAAGAGGAGUCUUCUCAUGAAACAAACUUACCCGUUGUCUGGCACAAGGCAUUCUUGGCCUUUGCUCAGAGAUACAAAAAUGAUAUCACGGAAGAUCAGAAAGAUUUUUUACUUGAGACAUUAAGACAAAGAUUUCAUCAUGCAAUUGGUCCCGAAAUUAGGCGGGAGUUGCUUUCCGGCUCUGGACGAGACGACAGUAGCGUUAAGCAGGCCGGUGCAAUGGAAGACGCAUUCUAA